UACAUCAAAGCCAUUUUUCCCCCCAACAGUCAUCAUUUGAAGGAUUUCAUUCAAGAGCACCAUCGAUUUUGAUUCGUUCGUGUAAUCACUUCGAAGAAUCUUUAGUCAAGGGAAUCUUCGAUUUCUACUGGCCCUAUACUUCAAGUGUCAUAUCGGUGAAGAACAUUUUAGCUUGUUUUAUUGCGCCACGCUAGUCCAGUGAAAGUUUCGAUACGUCCUCACAUGCGACUGUAUUGGUAUAGAGUCGGUAGUUACUUCAGGAUGUCUCCUACCUCGGACAUUUUUCUGUUGUGUUUUAUAACCGUGGUUUCAUUGCAAGCAGUCGCGGGAUGCGUCUGUUAUGUUGGCCAGCAAUCAAACCAACGCAAAUUAACCAGUUCAUGGGUAGUUCUCAGCCGCGAUCCCUGCGGCUGCAGCGGCUUUGUUCCUGGGGGCUUCAAUGCCAAACGCUCCCGGCCGGUCUGGAGACAUUACCCGCAAGCACAUACUCGUACUCCCGGGCCAAUCUUCACUACGGGAGAGACCGAUGACAGCGUGAAAGUGAAGUUGAGACUAGGGUGCCCAGACGCCAUCGCCCCGAACACAGAAGAGGCACCGACCGCUGCUGGUAUCGGAACGACUCCAGAUAUCGAUGAGAAUAGCAAUACCGAACCAAUCCCGAAUGAUGCGACAAAGACUAUUUCGCAAGGUGUGACCGAGUCGACUCUGAAUAUUAUGACGAAGUCUAUUCCAAAUAUUACUACCGAGUUGACUCCAAAUAUUGCGACGAAGUCUAUUCCAAAUAUUGCCACAGAGUCGACUCCGAAUAUUUUGACGAAGUCUGUUCCAAAUAUUGCCACCGAGUCGACUCCGAAUAUUGUGACGAAGUCUAUUCCAAAUAUUGCCACAGAGUCGACUCCGAAUAUUUUGACGAAGUCUGUUCCAAAUAUUGCCACCGAGUCGACUCCGAAUAUUGUGACGAAGUCUAUUCCAAAUAUUGCCACCGAGUCGACUCCGAAUAUUGUGACGAAGUCUGUUCCAAAUAUUGCCACCGAGUCGACUCCGAAUAUUGGGACGAAGUCUAUUCCAAAUAUUGCCACCGAGUCGACUCCGAAUAUUGGGACGAAGUCUGUUCCAAAUGUUGCUACCGAGUCGACUCCGAAUCUUGCGACUAAGUUUAUUCCGAACAGUGCGACGGAGUUUGACCUGAAACUUGCGACGGAGAUAUUUCCAAACCUCUCUGCAACCGAGCCAAAUAUUGUGACGAAGUCUGUUCCAAAUGUCAGCGCCACCGAGUCGACUCCGAAUCUUGCGACAAAGUCUAUUCCGAAUAUUGCGACUGAAGAGUCUGAUCCGAGAAUGGCCACUUCUGCAAGCAAAGCUACAAAUGAGCCACCUUUUGAUCCAGAGGCCCCUUGUGAAUCGUGGGUAUAUCACACAACGCUUAACACCUACACAUACGUGUUUCCCUUCGCUGCCUUCGAUCCCGAUCAGGAGUUUUUCGUCAAGUUUGGUGUCCGUACCGGCACCACGGCCCUGCUGGCCCUGACUGUGACCGAUAAAAACCCGCAAGGGCUUGAGGAGGAGUUGUAUGAAAUCGUGAUCGACUACGAGUUCUCAGGCACCAGCGGCAUCCGCCGGUGCAAAGACUGCGAGAGCCUGGUCUCCGCGACCGAUGCCAAAGACCGACUGGAUGAGGACGCGUACAAGUACUACUGGCUGCGCUACCGGGGCGGCUUGGUGCAGGUGGGCCGUCGAGGAGAGACGGAGUCCUUCAUGACUUGGCAGGAUGAUGCUCCGCUCAGCGUGCGGUACUUGGGUCUGGCAUCCAACGGAUGGGACAGCGGAUGGAAAAUGUGUGAGGGGAUGGUCGGCACAAAGUGACGGGCUUCAUCACACGCAGCAGAGUUUAAUCCAUAUGCGUCUAUGUUGUAGAAUUCAACCACGAAGUUGAAGAGUGACCCUUUUUUUAGGCAGAGCGGAGGUUUGGUGCGGUACCGUAGUGUAUCAUGUGUAUUGUGUGCCUUAGUCCGUUUUGAAAAACAUCGCAUCAAAGCUGUUGAGGGUUUUAAUGUUUCUUGCCUUACAUUUGUUGGGACGUGGAAAAUAGCCUCCAUGACUGCCGCAAAUAAAGCACUCAGACAUUUGCCGAAACUUUGCAUAUAUUAUUUACUUCAUUUUAUUUUAUGAUGUGAUAAACUCAGUUAAAUCCAAAAGCAGUUGAGUCAGUUUGAAGAUGAUUCAGUCAAAGACAAGCUGUCUAGUGCCACUAUUUCCAGCCAGUUUCAGAUUUGGACAGUUUCAUAAAAAUGUUUCUUGUAGGGCCUACUAGGUAUACAUUUCGGUUUUGACAAAUCCUAGCAAAGUAGGCAUUAGAUAUGCAUAGUCGUACAGACGGACUGUCUAAAUACGAGUGCAAUUCUCACACAUCAAUUCAAAACCGUGAUGUAGCUUAAGUUGGCCUAUACAUAUAAUAAUAACAAUUUAAAUGUCAUUAUUUUUGUCAUUGAGUUAGUUCGGUCAUCAUUAUUACGACAAUAGGAAGGAACUUCUACAUUUGGUUUUUAAGUCUGUAUUAUUAAAUAGGCUUAUUAAAUGAAACAAAUAAAAUUGUUCAAAUAUUUCACUGUUUACCUUACCUAAUAUAGUCACCGUUGUAUUUUUGUAGCCUAAAUUCUAUGCGCCAUUAAAU